GGUAUUGUUUGACGUCAUUGAGGUGCGACGGCGCUACUGCAGUGGAAUGAUGCAGGAGGGAAAGAAAAGAGGUAAAGAAAAGAAACGAGGACACUGUGACCGAGAGCAGAGUGAUGGAGAGACGAAGAGGAGGAACACUGGAUCCAGCACCGAGGUGAGAGACACGGAGCCCAGUGACCUGGAGGAGGGAGGACUGGACCUGAACAAGAUCUUCAGACCCAUCAGCUCCUACAUGCAGGACCGCGAGGAGAUGCUGGAGCAGUGUUUUCAUGUGCUAGGAGAGAAGAAACUCCUGAAGAUGCUCCCGGAUCAACUCAAGGACUCUUCGUUCAGUGAGAUCAAGAAGCUGUGCUGGGAUCAGCUGCAGCAGCUCUCUGACGUUCAUCUGCUGGAGAUUCUGGAGGGUAAAGAGUUAUCAGCUGCACCUGAAGAGAAGAACUGCGCUGACAGCCAGCAGGACAGUAACGUGGACUCCACUUCGUCUCUGAGAGAAGAUCCUGAAACAGAAGAAAAGCAAGGCGCAGGUUCUGGAGAAGACAGUGACGUUCUCAGCAUCAACGCAGAGAUUGACGACAGUGACAUUGAGGGUCAUAAAGUGAUGAAAGCUGAAGAAUCGGCGAGAGAUGAAGCUCUAGCUCCCAGCGCCGAGCCCAAAGUGGAGCUUCAGCAAGACAUCGACAGAAGCGUGAGUGAAAUUCUGGCUCCGAUGUCUGGCUCUGAGCCUGAAGAUCUGAGGGAAGCAUCACCUGAAAAACCAUUGGUUGAAGAAAGGGUUCCAGCAGCUGCAGUGAAGCAGCCGUCGACUCAGCAGCUGGAGUUACUAGAGCUGGAGAUGAGAGCCAGAGCCAUUAAAGCACUCAUGAAAGCCAGCGAGACCCACAAACACACUCACAGCUGACCCACAAACACACUCACAGCUGACACACAAACACACUCACCGCUGACCCACAAACACACUCACCGCUGACCCACAAACACACUCACCGCUGACCCACAAACAC